GCAUAUUUAUGUGCCCAAAGAUCACAUGCGACACUACAGAACUGUAUGCAAGUUCCUUUGUGUAAGGUCAGGGGAUUAAAUUUGUAUGGAAGAAAGUUCCUUGCAGUGCCUAUUUUCAAGACAGAAUUGCUGAACAAUUUAGCUGGUCCAGUUACCCCACAUAGCCACCCUUUUGACAAAGGUCAAAAUACUCCUAACUCAGAUACUUUUAUUGUAUUACUUUUAUUUUUCAGCUAGUCUGUUCAUCCAGUCUCCAGGCUGUUUUUUUUUUUUUUUUAACUCUUAUACAUUCUUCUUUUUUUAAUUUGUCUGUUUUCUUUCCUGCUCUUUUUCCUCCCUAUUGUUAUCCUCCAGCCAAGUUCUUUGGGCUCCCUAAACUCUGAUCCACUGUUUGAUCAGCCCAACAGCUUUGCUACCAUUGCAGAAAUUCAUUCUCCUUCUGUCACGAUAGUACCUACUGCAGUUUCUCCAACACCAAGUCUCCCUUCUAAACCAAACUGCUACUCUCUACUGCCCUCCCCUCCAGUACCCUUAGAGUUACACAUAGUGGAAGAUUCCAGUGAGACUGUUCUGCGGUCCAGUUCCCUAAAAUCUCCCCCUUCUGCCCUCCACUCUACCACUUCAAUUUCAGCUUUUUCCAGUCCUCCAUUGUCCCCUUCAAAUCCACACCCAGAUCCGGUUAUCAGUAAUUCUGACUCCAUACUGAGCACUGAGCUGGAAUCGCUUGUGGUUUUGUCCCAGACCAUCACUGCUACCACCACCACUGAAGUGUCUGCCAUCAGCCCUGGCAAUCAACAGCAUAUCCCUGCCAAUCCUGAGAGUCUACGUCCCAGCAGAGGGACUAAAUCAACUCUAGAGUUUUCUGUGCCUAUUACUAAAUCUCAAAGCCCAGUGAGUCAGCGUGGAAAUAUGAAGACCUCACAUAAGGACAAUUCUUUAAUAAUUCAAGCUUCUAAUGAAGUCUGUCUUGUGACCAGUCCAGGGCCUGUUAUAUCUCCCAUCUCUACAUCUGUACCUGUGAGUGAAUCACCCAUCAUACAAUCCACAUCACCUCCUAAACCUCCUUCUCCUUACAUCACCACACCUCCCAUCUCUCCUGUAUCAGUGCCCAAGACCUCAAGUCUUUCAGCACUGCUACCUGAGCCAGUUGCUGUUACCACAAGACCACUUCCCCCUAUGAGGCCUGAGGCACCAGCUCUGGAGCCUUCUCUUGAUGAUGCUUUUGAUCAUCAUCUCACCAUGAACUUCAGCAAGCCUAAAUCCCAAAAUGUGCCGACUUCAGUUUGUAAGAUGAAUUCAGCAGAACACCCAGAAGUGUUUGAGGGGAUGCUUGCUGCAGUCAACCAUAGGGUGGUGUUGCUGGACAUGCACACAGAGUGUGAGGCAGGAGAUGGACUUCUUGAGGACCAGUCUGACUGCAGGAGUGAACUUCUGGACUGGGCUGACAUGGAGCUGAAGCUGUCAUAUGAUGGAGCCGAUGGCUCCAUGACUCCCAUGACUGAGGCUAGCUGGAUGGAUGACUCCCUUACCCCUUCCUCCUGCCCUGGAACCCCAGAUGCCCAGAUUGACCUGCCAACAUUACAUCCUGUCAGCACCAUGGACAGGAUUUCGGCAUCUGGACAUAUCAAGUCUGUGAUCAGACGUACCAAGGAGACACCCAACAUCCAUCCCAUGUACAGGGAUGGCAUUAUUCGCAGGAAGAUGGGCCCAGUAAUCUUCCACAAAAGUAAUUCUCAGGAUCGCCUCAUAGAAGAGCUUCAGGGCAAGCUGGGAAUUGCUCGCAAGGAACGCCCCAAGAAACUACCAGAUGAUUGGCUGACCGAGGGAGUCAUUGUCAUGUCAAAUCCCAAACGCUCACGAGACGACCACAGCAGGGAGGUGGAUAAGAUUAUUAUUCCCCCUGAGUCUCCUAUUCCUCAGAGAAAAGUGAUGCCAGCUCCCCAAUCCAGCUCCCCAGCCCCUCGCCUCCCAACCCCGGCCAUGGAACCAAAGCCCAGGCCUACACCAAAAGCUGCACCAGUUCCGCCUCCCCCACCUCCUACACACACUCCACCUAUUCCUGCCCCCUCUCAACUUCCUAGAGAAUCCACACCUCCACCUCAACUCCAUGUAGAAUUAGAGCCUCCACAAGUCACAGUUAAGCCCCCUUCUCCUGGGCCAGUAGAGCCUCCUCCACUCCCAGCAAAGCCUGCACCAACACCACCUCAGUCACCUCCACCUGCCCCUGUUGUCCCUCCAAAAGUGCUGGUGUCUGUGGGCUGUCAAACGGAGUACAAUCCCUUCUUCUCUCCAAUGCAGGUGCAGGCAGGAAGCUCCCACUUCAAGGACCUUAGAAGUGGGGGUGCUGAGGGUGUACCCCCAACUUUCAGUAUUAAUUAAACUGAAAAUAGAGCUGCAACUACUAAAAAAUAUAGAUAAUCACAAAGAAACAGGCUAAUACAAUUUAAGAUUUAGUAUUUAGAGUAGUUUGUGUGUCAGAGGUAGUUUUCCUCAUAUACCACAGUGAUUUGUCAUCAGUUAAAAUUUUUCAUUCAUUUAUAGUUGGAUCCAAGUAUUGUCAGGAUAUUGGCAAAAUUUUCUGUACUUCUGUACACCACCACAAUGUAUUUGAAAUGAAGCAAUCAAGAUGGCAUUGAAGUGUAGACUUUCAGGUUUAAUAUAAAGGGUUUAACAAAAUUAUUGCAUUAACUGUUAAGAAAUUAGUCAUUUUGUACAUAGUCCCUCAAUUUUCACAGGCUCAAAAGUAAAUGGACAAUUGGCUGAUAAGCAGUUUCAUGGCCAAUCUGGCCAGUUUCCUCAUUAUUUCAUGGCAUAUUAAGGAAAUAAGUCUGGAGUUCAAGAUUCAUUCCAAGUGUUGAAUUUGCGUUUGGUAGCUGAUCAUGGGAAAUCUCAAUAUGCGGUUCAAACAGGUGUCGAUGCAAGUGAAGAAGGCUUCAUUAGUUUGAAAAAAACCCCCAGACCUAUCAGAGAGAUAGCAGAAACUUUGAGUGGCCAAAUCAACAAUUUGGUACCAAAGUGGAUGAUCGCAGAAUUCUUUCCUAGGUGAAGAAAAACUUCUUCACGACAUCUGCCAAGUCAAGAACGCUCUCGAGGAGGUAGGCGUGUCGUUGUCAAAGCCUACAAUCAAGAAACACUUUCAUGAAUGUAAAUAUCGAAGAUUUUCGGGCAUGUAUGGCUGCCAGUGGAACUGGGUCUCUCAUGUUUAUUGAUGUGACUGCUGAUAGAAGUUACAGAAUGAAUUCUGAAGUGUAUAAGUUAUAUUUUCUGCUCAGGUUCAGUCAGAUUCUACAAAACUGAUAGGAUGGUACUUCACAGUACAGAUGGAUAAUGACCCAAAACAAUACCGCAAAAGCUACCCAAGAGCUUCUUAAGGCAAAGAAAUGGAAUGUUCUUGAAUGGCCAAGUCAGUCACCUGACCUCAACCCUAUUGAGCAUGCUUUUCACUUACUGAAGGCAGAAAGACCCACAAACAAGCAUCAACUGAAGGCGGCUAAAGUAAAAGCCUAGCAAAGCAUCUCAAAGGAGGAAACUCUGCAUUUAGUGAUGGGUCCAUGGGUUCCAGACUUCAUACCAUCAUGGAUGCAAAUCAUUUGCAGUCAAAGUAUUUAAAAUAGUCCUUAUAAUUUUUAGUUUGUCCAAUUACUGUGAAAAUAGAGGGUAAAAAUGCAAUAUUUUUGUUAAAGCCCUUGAAUUAAAGCUGAAAGUCUAUACUUCAAUUAUGUCUUGAUUUAUUCAUUUCAAAUCCGUUGUGGUGGUGUUUUCAGCAAAAUUCUGAAAAUUGUUACUGUCCGAAUACUUAUGGACCAAAACUCAAUAACAGAAAAUAACUCGUUAUGAAACUUUUUGUUUUGUUGUUUUUUUUAUAAACAAAGUGCUGCUACACAUGACUUUCAUAAAAUGUUUUUUUUGUUUGUUUGUUUUUUUAAAUCUCCUACUAGAAAACUUUUUUUUAAUCUGUGUAUUAUUAGGCUUAUUAUUAGGCUUAGGAUGUGGUGCAUCUGCCAUACAAGUCCCUGAGCUGUUCUUGAAAUGAUAAACCUAUCAUUAAUAUAAACCUAACAGAAACCAGUCAUAAAUACACAGAUCUGUGCAGGUAUAGAAGAUUAGAUAGCUCCUGACUUGAGAAGUCAACUGCACUGUGGAAAAAUUAUUGAAAUCAACAGAGAAUAUCUGUUAAGAAAAUUAUUUGACUAUCAUUCAGGUGUGACGUCAUAGCUCACGUCACAUGUAUGCUGCUUAAAAUUGGGGAAAGAUGUGGGAGGAUGACCAGCUUAAAACAGACUGUCUUCCCGUGUGGUGCUGUAGAUCCAACUUCAGGAGAGAUUAUUUUGACCAUUUCCUGUACAAACUGUAAUUAAAAUGCAAGGUUAUGAUUUAAAAACAAUUAUAUACACAUAUAUGGUUGUCCACAUUCCAGAUGCAUAUGAAAAGCUUUGCUACACCAGUUUUGAGUUUCUAGGUAAUUUAAAAAUGUGUGCUGGUGUGGGAAAACCAUCACAUGUUGCUGUGGCCGAAUUCUGGCAAAUAAACAAAAAUGAUUUAUUUAUUUUUUUUUAGCUGGUUUCAACCAAAAUUACCUUUUUUUCCUCCCUAUAGCAUAUUUUGACACCUCUACUUAAAAACUAAAUACUUCUCACUAAAAGGAUGUGGAAAAGUUUGUAUUUACUUGCCUAAUUAACUUGGCUUGGUGGUAUGCCAUGAGAUCAUGCUAUGUAAGGAGUCACUUUAGCAAAUGCAGCUGUAAAUUCAGUCAGUCUGCCUAAAUAUGUCUAAAACCUUGCUCGCUAAGUGUACUCUUCUUAUGCAAUGAAUGUCAGACUUUGAUCAAAUUGUUGGAUAGCUAGAGAAAAACACUUUUACACUUGGCACAAGAUGGCAAUGUUUUAAAAUAUUUUAAUGACUUUAAUGAUAUUUAAUAAAAUAAUUCAACAAAAUUCACAGAAUUAAUGAUGUAAAUAAUGAUUUCUCAUAACUAUAAAUGUUUGCCUUUUUAUAUGGCAAAAGGGAUAUUAUUUCACAUGUAAUGAAUGCUGAAUGGCCAGACUUCUGAAUAGUUUGUAGGCUAUGAAUAAAGGCUGGUAUAAAGAUAGAUAUAGUUUUCAUGGUAAUUAUUAUAAUUUGUAUAUUAUUUAUUACAUAUUAAAUAAAUAGCAGUUGCUUUUAUGCGGUCUGUGUGGUAGUGUCUUUUACAAGAAUGGAAAUGAAAUCAUUACAUGCAAUUUUAUCACUUUUGGUGGUAAAUAGACUUUAAAAUGCUAUAACUUUAAUUUUGGUUAAGAUACAUGCAAAAAGAGAUAUUUCAAUUCAGGAAAGCAUGUAAUUGUCAGUGUCAGAAUUUCACCAUGUGAAUGUUUUCCCAGGCUGCCACACACAUAGAUUCAUUGUAGGGUGUGUAAUGGCAUACUGACAUUGCUGAAUAUAGGAAAGCGUUUAAAGUGCGUCUCUUAUUUUUUCCCUGCAUAUCUGUUUGUUUAUUAUUAAGCCUAUUUCAUUUUAAUGUGCCAGCUCAUUUAUGGACUGAUCAGAUCUCUUUCUUUUUCC